AUGGCACGUGCUCGCCUGAAGAGAGGUAUCGACGUGGUCAAGCUCGCCAACCGCAUCGAGGCACUCAAGAUGCAGGAAGACGAGGAGGAAGAUGUGCCUGCCGACCCGAUUGCUGCGGCCGAUCAGUCUAUCAGCCAUCGGCACGGUAGUACCACGAGCACCUCGUCUCUGGCGCCUCCUGAGCAUGAGCCGCAAAGGAAGCGGAGUCUUGGUAAGCUGGCGAAGAGUGCAAUCAUUCUGUCACAACCCGGCUCCUUUCCUGGAUUUGGAGAGCACAUCGACUCGACGACAUUCGAGCAGAUGGGUCUUGUUGACAUGAGGUCUUGGUCAGCUGGCGAAGAGUGCAGUCGUCCUGUCAGUGCCGCGCUUCUUCCCUGGAUUUGGAGAGCACAUUGA